AUGCGGAAGCACGAAAAAGAGCUGUCACUGGCUGUUGAAUUGUCCCUCCUGAUCAAACAGACAAGAAAAUCCACUGAUGUCAGCUCCCUAAACGCAAGAAAACUAGCCUUGGUGGCCAAGGAAGUGAGCUGGAAGUGGGAUGUGCUUCAACUACGCUCCGGAGACCUGAAGUUUCCCGUAAGUGAGACAAUGGCGCCCCUAACGCUGUCCAUACAGUUUCUGCAGUGUCGCAGGGUUAGUCUUUCCUGGUGUGUGGUGAGAAAAAUUACUCAGAUCACGCAAGGGCAUCAACAGAAAAAGAAGAGACGUGUGAAGCAAAGCCCACAUGCAUCUUGGGAAGAGAGACUUUCUGAUGCCUGUACUCCAUUAUGGAGACUGGGAUAUGAAGAACAACUGAAGUACAAGUUGAAAACUUUGCAGAAUGUGUUACGGGAUCUAACAAUAUGUGUAAGAGAGCGAGGAGGGCAGAUCAUUGAUUAUGAUGGUAUGAUAUGCCCACUAGAGGAGAUUAUACCCUCGCCAGUUAUUUAUGGGUACCGCAACAAAUCUACAUUCUCUGUGAACUUUGGCCCAAAUGGGGAUCCUAAAACAGUUGGAAACUACGUUGGACGAGAAAGGGACAGGAGCAUUGUGUGUGUGCAUGUAGAUCAUCUCCUCAACAUUCCAGAAAGACACAAACUUGUGGCAAGGUUUUAUGAAGAUUUCAUUCGGCAGUCACCCCUCCCCCCCUGCCUUCACUUCUCUGACGGAGGCCACUGGCGUGAUGUUACUGUCCGCACAAGUAGCAAUGGGGACACUAUGGCAAUUGUCAACUUUCAUUCACAGGGCCUUGCACAGGAAGAAGUCCGUUCCCAUCUUCUCUCACUUCAAGAUUUCUUUGUUCAUGGACCUGGAUCAGUGUGCAGUCUUACUUCUCUCUACUACCAAGAGAGCUACUUUGGGACAUGCCAGUUUUCUCCACCUCGCCUCCUACAUGGUUCUGCUUACCUCACAGAGAGAGUCCUAGGUCUUGGGCUCCGUGUCUCUCCCACUGCUUUCCUCCAGAUAAAUACACCAGGAGCUGAGCUUCUCUAUACUGCAUUGGGAAAAAUGAUCGAAAACAAUGCUACAAAUAUCCUAAUUGAUAUUUGUUGUGGAACUGGUGUUAUCGGCCUUUCACUGGCAGGGCACUUUCAGGAAGUGGUUGGAGUAGAACUGAUAGAUGAUGCUGUAAGAGAUGCUCGCUGGAACAUGGGUUUCAAUGGAAUUGAAAAUUGCCAAUUCCUAGCGGGGAAGGCAGAAAAGCUUCUUCCAGAACUGCUGGCAAACAGAAACAAGGCAGAUGAUGUGGUGGCUGUCGUUAACCCUCCUCGUGCUGGACUCCAUCAUCGUGUUGUUCGAGCACUUAGAAACUAUGAAGGUCUUCAGAAAUUGAUAUUUGUGACUUGCAAACCAGAAGGAGAACCUGGGAGAAAUUUGACAGAGCUGUGCUGUUCACCAUGCCCAGAGAAGAAGAUUUUUGGAAAAGCCUUUGUUCCACAAAAAGCUGUGGCGGUGGACAUGUUCCCUCACACCACACACUGUGAGCUAGCAAUGCUCCUCACACGAUGACCUAACGUACUGUUCACAUUGUCCACUGCAACUUAAAGUUUGAAUCAGAAUAAUAAUAGAAUGCUGCUGCUUUGGCCCAUUCACAAAGGUACCAUUAAUGUCCAAAUGUGUACCUCUUUGGAUAUUUAUGUACUUAAUUUAUACAUUUAUAAAUUAAUUAACUUACUUUA